AUGGGUCUGAAGAUGGCUGAAUUCGAUCCGCUUCCAGUCUACGAGUUCUUUCCUAUUAAACCCGAUCUCGCACCUCGCGCCUCGCCGUUUGUUCCAUAUUGGGCUCGCUCUCACGUGCAGUGUGCGCAGAACCUCCUCCCCUCCUCCGACGAACCUAUCGAGUACGACCACGACGACGAGGACUUCCAGGAUAAUUGCUUCUUCUUUCCCGAGGACUGCUCUUAUACCCCACCUAAGGACUGGGCUGUGGAUUCCCCACGGCAACCUGUCAAGAACACAGAGUACCAAGUCGGAUUGAUUAACUUGGCUGCUCACAGCGCCACCGACGACAUGCUUCCAGAACUACCUGAUAUCAAGAUGUUGGACUCAGAGGCGCUGGGCGACCUUCUGGAGGAUAAUCUCUGUCCACCCGAGAUCACAACAAUGAUUGUUUUCUCAACCAACGGCGCAGUCUUCGCCUAUGCUUCCUCCCUCCCAUCCCGUCAGCUUCGCAACCUCAGCGCAACCUACGGCGCUGCAUACACAUGCUACGCCAAAAAUGCAUCGAGCGGAAACCUCACGGGCGUAAAUCCGGCCAGUCAUCCAUCAUCCUACGUGACAGCUCAGUCAAUGUCGCUGGGGGACGUAGGCUCCAUCGUCUUCGAGCUUGAUGACUCGGUGGCGGUAGUGACUCGUCUCGCCGACAAGGUUCUCCUGGCCGCCAUAGGCCCAAACAAAAUCGAUCAGACCACCCUCAACGGUGCCGAGCCCGAUUCUCUAGGAACUGAAGGUGGGGCUCCGGUAGACCCAUCCGCCGUAAAUGGCGCCACGUCAGAUGCGUUUCAAUUGGAAGGGCAGCGCACACCAUCGGCAGCACCCCCAUCCCCGAAUCCGCCCACACGCAACGGCGCCAUCGAUGCCCAACACGAGAUUGACCGCAGUGCUGAUCUUGCUCGUCUUGCCAGUCUCAAUCUUUCAGCUUCCCCCUCUGUGCUGCUGGCGUUGGAAUCAAAGUGUGCCGCGCUCGGUCGGUUCCUUGGACAGAAAUUGCAUGAUUUGGAGAGUCCCGAGGAUUUCUAA